UCUCUCUCUUGAGAUAGUCACGGCUUGUUCGUCAAGAAAUGACCAGAGCUUAUAAAGUAAAUAAACUUACAUGAGUCUUUGACAAACUUCAUUUACAAUUUUUAUAUAUAUAUAUAUAUAAGCAUAGAGAUAUCUGCUCAUUCUUCAACAGCUUACACUGCAGACGCCAAGAUAGUAGUAACCCCCUUUUCACUUUUCAGCUUCUUCUUGAUCCUGUUACAGGAUCCUAAGGACUCUGUACGUUAAACCUAAUGGCUUCAGAGAGCGGUUUAAACGGAGAUUCAAAUAUAGUAGAAGAGGUUUCCGAGACCAAAAGAAGCAGAGAUGUAGAAGAAGACAAAGAAGUGAAGAAAACAGAGAAGAACAACAACACCGAAGAACAUGAGAAAACGAAAACGGUGCCGUUUUACAAGCUUUUUGCUUUUGCGGAUUCCUUUGACUUCCUCUUGAUGACCCUGGGGACGCUUGGAUCUAUCGGAAACGGACUCGGCUUCCCUAUAAUGACCAUACUGUUCGGAGAUCUAGUAGAUGCUUUUGGAGAGAACCAGACUGACUCAAAUGUUGCCGACAAAGUUUCCAAAGUAGCUCUGAAGUUCGUAUGGCUUGGAAUCGGUACUUUAGCGGCUGCUUUUCUACAGUUGUCUGGUUGGAUGAUCUCUGGAGAAAGACAAGCAGCGAGAAUAAGAAGUAUGUAUCUAAAGACAAUAUUAAGACAAGACAUAGCCUUUUUUGACGUUGAUACAAACACUGGCGAAGUCGUUGGACGAAUGUCUGGUGACACUGUGCUAAUCCAAGAUGCCAUGGGAGAGAAGGUGGGGAAAGCUAUACAGCUUCUAGCAACAUUUGUUGGAGGCUUUGUGAUAGCGUUUAUAAGAGGAUGGCUGUUAACUCUAGUCAUGUUAUCUUCAAUACCACUUCUUGUGAUGGCUGGUGCGGGUCUGGCUAUCGUCAUCGCUAGAACCGCUUCUCGUGGACAAACCGCUUAUGCUAAAGCUGCGGUUGUAGUUGAGCAAACAAUCGGUUCCAUAAGAACGGUUGCUUCGUUUACUGGAGAGAAACAAGCGAUAAGCAAUUACAAUAAACAUCUUGUCACUGCUUAUAAAGCAGGAGUCAUAGAAGGUGGUUCAACAGGAUUAGGACUUGGCACACUCUUUCUUGUAGUCUUUUGUAGCUACGCUUUAGCUGUUUGGUAUGGAGGAAAGUUGAUUCUUGAUAAAGGGUACACAGGAGGACAAGUUCUCAACAUCAUCAUCUCUGUUUUAACUGGAUCCAUGUCUUUAGGUCAAGCAUCUCCUUGUUUAACAGCAUUUGCAGCUGGACAAGCUGCAGCCUACAAGAUGUUUGAGACAAUAGAGAGAAGACCUGACAUUGAUUCUUAUAGUACAGAUGGUAAAGUCCUGGAUGACAUCAAAGGAGACAUUGAGCUUAAAGAUGUCUACUUCACUUACCCUGCGAGGCCAGAUGAGCAGAUUUUUCGCGGUUUUUCGCUGUUUAUCUCGAGUGGAACAACCGUGGCAUUAGUUGGACAGAGUGGGAGUGGGAAGUCUACUGUUGUGAGUCUGAUAGAGAGGUUUUACGAUCCGCAAGCCGGUGAAGUUCUCAUAGAUGGUGUUAACCUAAAAGAGUUUCAGCUCAAAUGGAUCAGAAGCAAGAUAGGACUUGUGAGUCAAGAACCGGUUCUCUUCACUUCAAGCAUCAAGGACAACAUAGCUUACGGUAAAGAAGACGCUACACUCGAAGAGAUCAAAGCAGCUGCUGAGCUUGCAAACGCUUCCAAGUUUGUGGAUAAGCUUCCUCAGGGUUUGGAUACAAUGGUUGGAGAGCACGGCACCCAGCUUUCGGGUGGGCAGAAACAGAGGAUCGCUGUAGCCAGAGCCAUACUAAAAGAUCCGAGAAUCUUGCUUUUAGAUGAAGCUACAAGCGCGCUUGAUGCAGAGUCAGAGAGAGUGGUUCAAGAAGCCCUUGAUAGGAUAAUGGUUAACCGGACUACUGUUGUGGUUGCUCACCGGUUAAGCACGGUGCGAAACGCUGAUACAAUCGCUGUGAUUCACCAGGGAAAGAUUGUGGAGAAAGGCUCUCACACUGAGCUACUAAAGGACCCUGAAGGAGCUUAUUCUCAGCUCAUACGUCUUCAAGAAGAGAAGAAACCUGAAGAGACUCAAGCUGGUGAGCGUAAGAUGUCAUCAAUAGAAUCAUUCAAGCAAUCUAGUUUCAGAAAAUCGUCUCUAGGCCGGUCACUAAGCAAAGGAGGAUCAUCCAGAGGAAACAGCAGCAGACAUUCUUUCAACAUGUUUGGUUUCCCAUCAGGUAUUGAAGGAAACGACGUCGUUCAAGAUCAAGAAGAGGAUGAUACUACAGAGCCCAAGACCAAACCAAAGAAAGUAUCUAUCCGUAGAAUCGCAGCUCUAAACAAACCAGAGAUCCCCGUUCUCAUACUCGGAACAAUCUCAGCGGCAGCAAACGGUGUUAUACUUCCUAUCUUCGGUAUACUAAUCGCAAGCGUCAUCAAAGCCUUCUUCAAACCGCCUAAGGAGCUUAAAGAGGACACGAGCUUCUGGGCCAUUAUCUUCAUGGUUCUUGGUUUCGCUUCCGUCAUCGCCUACCCGGCGCAAACCUUCUUCUUUUCUAUAGCUGGUUGUAAGCUAGUGCAGAGGAUAAGGAGCAUGUGUUUUGAGAAAGUGGUUCACAUGGAAGUUGGAUGGUUUGAUGAGUCAGAGCAUUCUAGUGGAACCAUUGGUGCAAGGCUAUCGGCAGAUGCUGCGGCGAUACGUGGACUAGUGGGAGAUGCUUUGGCUCAGAUGGUUCAGAAUCUUUCUUCUAUAUUGGCUGGUUUGAUUAUUGCGUUCUUGGCGUGUUGGCAGUUGGCUUUUGUCGUUCUUGCCAUGCUUCCUCUUAUUGCACUCAAUGGGUUUCUUUACAUGAAGUUCAUGAAAGGUUUCAGCGCAGAUGCAAAGAAAAUGUAUGGGGAAGCGAGUCAGGUGGCUAAUGAUGCGGUUGGGAGCAUAAGAACAGUAGCUUCGUUCUGUGCAGAAGAUAAAGUGAUGAACAUGUACACAAAGAAGUGUGAAGGUCCUAUGAAGACAGGGAUACGUCAAGGCAUUGUCAGUGGAAUAGGUUUCGGUGUUUCUUUCUUCGUACUCUUCGCUUCUUACGCCACCAGCUUCUAUGUGGGGGCAAAACUUGUCGAUGACGGCAAGACAACCUUCGACUCUGUUUUCAGGGUUUUCUUUGCUUUGACAAUGGCGGCUGUUGCGAUAUCUCAGUCGAGUUCGUUGUCUCCUGAUUCAAGCAAAGCUGAUAUCGCUGCUGCUUCGAUUUUCGGGAUUAUCGACAGAGAAUCGAAGAUUGAUCCAAGUGUGGAAUCUGGAAGAGUGUUGGAUACUGUUAAAGGAGACAUUGAGCUUCGUCAUGUUAGUUUCCGAUACCCAUCAAGGCCUGAUGUUCAAAUCUUCCAAGAUCUUUGUCUAAGUAUUCGAGCUGGAAAGACCGUUGCUUUGGUUGGAGAAAGCGGGAGCGGGAAGUCAACGGUGAUCGCCUUGCUACAGAGGUUUUACGAUCCAGACUCAGGCGAGAUCACUCUCGACGGUGUAGAGAUCAAGACCCUGCGACUAAAAUGGCUCAGACAACAAACGGGACUCGUGAGCCAAGAACCGAUCUUGUUCAACGAAACGAUCAGAGCCAACAUUGCUUAUGGAAAAGGCGGAGACGCGAGUGAAUCCGAAAUAGUAUCAGCAGCUGAACUAUCAAACGCCCAUGGAUUCAUCAGUGGUCUACAACAGGGUUACGAUACGAUGGUGGGAGAAAGAGGAAUACAGUUAUCAGGCGGGCAAAAACAACGAGUGGCCAUAGCGCGAGCCAUCGUCAAGGAUCCUAAGGUAUUGCUACUUGAUGAAGCUACUAGCGCUCUAGACGCGGAGUCUGAACGUGUGGUUCAAGAUGCGCUUGACCGGGUUAUGGUGAACCGGACUACGAUUGUGGUGGCUCACCGGUUAUCCACGAUUAAGAACGCAGAUGUAAUUGCAGUCGUUAAGAACGGAGUUAUUGUAGAGAAAGGGAAGCACGAGAGUUUGAUCAAUAUCAAAGACGGAGUUUAUGCUUCGUUGGUGCAGCUUCAUCUCACUGCUGCUUCUUAAAACAUAUCUUUUAUGUUCAUUCGUUUUUUUUGGUUAAUUAUGCUAUGUAUUGAUGAACAUUAUUGUUAUUCAAUGAUUGAUUUUAAAUAUUAUUGAAAUCUAAUGUUAUUGGUUAUUGUAUUUAAAAUGUAUUUAUUUAAAGAUCUUAAAAUCUAGUGUUGUUGGUUCU